AUGGCACUUUCACUUCAGUCUACUUACAAGCUGGUUUCAGGCUACGAGAUCCCCGUCGUGGGAUUCGGAGUCUACCAAACGCCCCCCGAUGUUACCGAGAAGGUGACCGUCAAAGCUAUCCAGCUCGGAUACCGUCAUGUCGACAGCGCCAAGUACUACGAGAAUGAGACAGAGAGUGCUAAUGCCAUUCGCAACUCCGGGGUCGAGCGCUCCAAGAUCUUCUACACCAGCAAGGUGCCUGCGACCUGCAUGGGAUAUGAGAAGUCAAAGAAGGCAAUUGAGGCCAGCAUUGCUGAUGCCAACCUCGGAUAUAUUGAUCUGAUGCUUAUCCACGCUCCCUACGGUGGCAAGGAGGAGCGUCUCGGCACAUGGCGCGCCCUCGUCGAGGCCCAGAAGGCAGGCCACAUCCGCUCGCUCGGUGUGUCCAACUUUGGUAUCCCACAACUCGAGGAGCUGGAGGAGUACAUCAAGAACGGAGGCGGUGGCCAGAUCACCGUUGGCCAGUACGAGAUCCACCCCUGGUGCCCGCGUGAGGAUAUUGCCCAAUGGCUGCAGAAGCGUAACAUCGUGGUUGAGGCAUACUCUCCCCUUGUGCAGGCAACCCGCAUGAAGGAGCCUGUUCUGCAGAACCUGGCCAAGAAACAUGGCAAGAGUGCGGCCCAGAUCCUCGUUCGCUGGAGUGUGCAAAAGGGAUACGUUCCUCUUCCCAAGUCAGUGACCGAGUCUCGCAUUCUGGAGAACUCGCAGGUCUUCGAUUUCAGCCUGUCCGAUGAGGACAUGGCCAGUCUGAAGCUCAAUUCCUAUGCGCCUGUUUGCUGGGACCCUGUCCGCGAUUGCAAGAUCUAG